AUGUUGGGAAUUAUUAAUGUCGAUGUUGAUUUUAUGGAAGAUGGAGAACUUUUUGAAUUAGAAGAGAGUGAAUAUCUCAUAACCCAAAAUAUUAAUAAUGCAACCUUCUAUCUUAUCGUAAGUACUUACGACAUUCCCAGAUAUAUAUUUUUGGAGUAAGAUAAUAUUGAUAUUAUAGAAUAUAAUUUUCAUAUCCUAAAGAUAGAGAUGUGAAUUUCCUAACAACAGUAGGGAAAAAUUAAAUAACUAAAUUAGAAAACACUAAGAUUAUAACUACAUAUGCUGAUUUUAAUGGUUUUUAUCUCAAAAAAGACUAUCAUAAUAUUGUUAUCCCUCCUAAUUCAUUUAAAUCAGGAGAUAAGUUUUUCCUAACCAAUCUCAUAAGAAAUGAUAGACGUUCAUAUUAAUACAAUCUUAAAAUAAAAAAAUUACCAUAUCAACCUUGUCCUAAUAAUUGUUCUUCAGGUUCUGGGAAAUGUGUGAAUGGGAUAUGUGCAUGUAAUUAGAAUAUGAUAGAUUUGGAUUGUUCUAAAUAGGCUAUAGCUUUAAAAUUUGAAGAGAAGAUAGAAAAUGUUACUAUUUAAGGAACUUAAUACUUAUAUUUUGAAUAACCAACAUAAUUAGAAAAAAUAUAAUUUGAAUUUGGUUUGUAGUUUAAUUAAUAAGAAGAGGAUAAUUAAGUUAUGCUAUAUUAUAUGUUUGAAGAUUAUAAAUUAGGUGUUCCUACUUAACUUUAUAGGAAUUUCACUUUAAAAAAUGAUUUGAUGUCUACUACUCCAAUAAUAAUUGAUAUCUCAUCAUUAAAUUAUAAUGCAAAUCUAAUGAGGUAUUUUUAUAAUUGAUUUAGAUUUGAUCGUUUGAUAUUUUAAUUAGUUACUGAGAAGGAAGUAACAUGUAAUUUUGAGAUAGUUUCUCUUUCAUCUGAUGAUUCUGAUAAUCAAGUAAUUUCAAUAAUAAUUUAUAUUACUAUUUCAAUAGCUAGUUUUAUUUUUAUUAUGAUCAUUACUAUGAUCAUAGUUAAAUGCAAAAAUAAUAGAUAACACAACUCACAAGUAAGACCAUCAUAAGAAAUUAAACUUUCAUUAGAAUUUUUAGAAUAAUAUAUGAAAUUAGUUGAAUUAAAAAAAGGUCUUAAUAAUUUAUAAUGUUCAAUUUGUUUAUCCGGAAACUAAGAUUAAGAAUUGAGAUUAACACUUUGUAAACAUGCAUUUCAUUGUUAUUGUUUAUACAAUUGGUUAAAUAAAUCUGAUGGAAGAUUUUUAUGUCCAAAUUGCAGAUAAGAUAUAGAUUUAGAAAAAUUGAAACGUUCUGGUAAAUAAAAUCCUAAUAUAGAAAAAUACUAAUAAAAUUACUCAUAAAGUGAGAUUAAUUUAAAUAAUAGUUAAGAUUAUUGA